AUGAGCUGGAGCUUCCUCACUCGUCUCCUGGAAGAGAUCCACAACCACUCCACCUUCGUGGGGAAAGUGUGGCUGACUGUGCUCAUCAUCUUCCGCAUUGUGCUCACAGCAGUUGGAGGCGAGUCCAUCUACUCGGACGAGCAGACCAAGUUCACCUGCAACACCAAACAGCCAGGUUGUGACAACGUAUGCUAUGAUGCCUUUGCUCCUCUCUCGCACGUCCGCUUCUGGGUCUUCCAGAUCAUCAUGAUCUCCACUCCCUCCAUCAUGUACAUGGGGUAUGCUAUUCACAAGAUAGCCCGAAGGUCAGAGGAGGAGCGCAGGAGGCACCUUAGGCUCCGCAGAAAGCCGCCUCCUCAUUCCAGAUGGAGAGAGAGCCAUCAUCUGGAGGAUGUCUUAAAGGAGGAUGAAGACGACGAUGCCGAGCCCAUGAUCUAUGAGGAUACACUGGAGGUGCAGGAGGCCAAGCCUGAGCAAGUAAGCAGCACCAGCAAAGACCCACCAAAAUAUGAUGGCCGCAGAAGAAUUAUGGAAGAAGGACUGAUGAGAAUCUAUGCUCUUCAGCUCAUGUCACGAGCUAUUUUUGAAAUUGCUUUCCUUGCAGGACAGUAUCUCCUCUAUGGUUUUCGAGUUAAUCCUUCAUAUGUAUGCAGCAGGCUUCCCUGUCCACACAGCGUGGACUGUUUCAUCUCUAGGCCCACAGAGAAAACAAUCUUCCUCCUCAUCAUGUAUGUGGUAAGCUGUCUCUGUCUAGUGCUAAAUGUGUGUGAGAUGCUUCACUUGGGAAUUGGCACUUUUCGAGAUACACUUCGAAUGAAGAGGAGCCGGGGCCGACGGACAUCCUACGGCUACCCUUUCUCUCGCAACAUCCCAGCCUCCCCUCCGGGGUACAACCUGGUGAUGAAGACAGACAAACCUAGCAGAAUCCCAAACAGCCUCAUCACCCAUGAGCAGAACAUGGCUAAUGUGGCCCAGGAGCAGCAGUGCAUCAGCCCAGAUGAGAACAUCCCCUCUGACCUGGCGAGCCUGCACCGUCACCUAAGGGUUGCCCAGGAGCAGCUCGAUAUGGCCUUUCAAACAUAUCAGACCAAAAACAACCAGCAAACCUCCAGAACCAGUAGUCCUGUAUCUGGGGGUACUAUGGCAGAGCAAAACCGAGUCAAUACAGUCCAGGAGAAACAAGGAGCCAGGCCAAAAUCCGCCACAGAGAAGGCUGCAGCCAUUGUAAAAAACGGAAAGACCUCUGUCUGGAUCUAG